AUGAGUCUGGCACUCCCUACGCAUAACGAUCCAUUCACGACACCCGGUACAUCCCCUUCAUCAUCCAACGACGGGCAUAGUCAAUCACCUGAAGCUGGUCCAUCAACUUUCGUUGCCCCGCCAUUACCACCUAGACCUAUACCUGCAGGAAGGAGGAAACCAGUCCCAUCAUACCCCAAUAACGGUUCUCUGGCAGAACCUGUCCCUAGAGCAGUAGCAGUCGCGGCUGCACCUCCUUUACCACCUCGACCUGGCUCUGGACGAUAUUCUCUCACACCUGAUCAACCCACUUAUCAAGAUGAAAACAUCAUUGACCGUUCACAACUUCCACCACCACCACCACCGGCUUACAAUGAAAAGUAUGGACCGUAUCCACCUAGGAAGAAAGAGAAAUGGUGGUAUCCUGCUAGUACGAAAGGACGAAGGUGGUGGUGGGGAGGUCUAGUAGGAUUCAUCUUGGCAAUUGCAAUUGUGAUUGCUGUCUGCGCAGCUGUGUUCUCAAAGAAACAUUCAAGUAGUGAGGAUGAAGAUCAAAAUUCGAGUGGAUUGACAGGAUCAUCAGGAUCAUCCGGUACAAAAUCGUCUAGUACAAACGAUGGUGGACAUCCCCUGUCGAUAGCGAAUGGAGGAGUGGAUAUUGGAGAUCCAGGAGAUAUAGCGAAAUUCGGCAAGAAAUCUACGGAUCAUUUUGUCAUGACUACCAAUCAUUCUAUUGCAGUUACAAGGCUGGAUCCAAUCGUCAAUCCAAACGCACCUGCUUCUCACUUACAUCGAAUUCACGGUUCAUCCUAUUUCACUGCCAACUUGACUUCUGCGACUCAAAUGCAAGAAUUGGCAGACUGUACGACGGCUUCUGUACAAGAUGAUAAAUCUGCUUAUUGGGUUGCUCAGAUAUACUACCAAUGGCCCAACGGUUCAUUAUCCUCAAUACCGUUAGAUAGAACUUCACUGUAUUACUUCCAGAAGGCUCCAACGGGCGUACCCAUCUAUCCUUUCCCGGAUAACUAUAAUAUAGUAGCUGGUGAUCCCAUGAGACGAAGUGUGAACACAAGUGAUCCUACGAGUUCAGCAUUCUGGUGGCAAUGUUAUCGAGGUUCCAAGGGAGAUAGCAAAAACCUCGGAUUCCCUUCGACAGAUUGUGGUGGUGGUCUCGUCUCGGCAAUUCAAUUCCCAAGUUGUUGGGAUGGAGUCUAUGCCGAUGACGCAGAUUACUCUUCUCAUGUAGCUUAUCCUGAAGAUGGAACCAAUGGUUACACAUGUCCAUCUGCUUUUCCCAAGAAGUUCAUCACCCUGCAAUUCGAAACUGUCUUCGCCACUUACAAGUUUCCCUUCAACGGUGCUGGGAAUAUCACAUGGGUCAUGUCCAAUGGAGAUACGAGCGGGUACGGUAUACAUGCGGAUUUCAUGAAUGGUUGGAAACCCGAUGUACUUCAAGGUGUAUUGGAUGAUUGUAGGUAUAUGAACGCUACAGCUCAGGUCUCAGCUCCUGAUGAUCCAGGAAACUGUCCUCAUCUCAACAAAACGCUAAGUCUCGACGCAGCAUACAGUUGUAAAUUCCAAUCUCAGAUUGUCGAUGAAGACGUGGGAGAACUCAACCCUAUCAAAUACUUACCAGGUUGUAAUGGUAUUUGGUCAGGUAACACUUCCAAGCCCGCUUGUCCAUCUGACCAUGUCGAGGGAGGUUAUCUGGAAUUGACCGACCCUACCGUCUGGUUUAAUAAUGAACCUUAUCGAUCAUAG